GGGAGGCGGCGCGGAGGCCGGGCCGCGUCCCGCCAGGGGGCGCCGCAGGCGGAGGCCGGGCGCUGUGCGGCGCUGCCGGGGCCUGGGCGGGAGGCGAGCGGGGAGGCCGCGGCCAUGGAGAUCGGCACCGAGAUCAGCCGCAAGAUCCGGGGGGCUAUAAAAGGAAAGUUGCAGGAGCUGGGGGCUUAUGUUGAUGAAGAACUCCCUGAUUACAUUAUGGUUAUGGUGGCCAAUAAGAAGAGCCAGGAGCAGAUGACAGAGGACCUUUCUCUUUUCCUUGGAAACAAUACUGUCAGGUUUACUGUAUGGCUCCAUGGUGUUUUGGAUAAGCUGCGGUCUGUGACUACUGAACCAACAAGCGUAAAAUCUUCAGAAUCUAACAUCUUUGAGAGCAUUCCUUCCAGCAAAAGUAGUUCAUGUGCGAGUGAUGAGAGGAGGCGUGAGGAUGCCUUGCCACCUCUUGCGGUUUCCAGCACACGGACAGAAAGAAAUGACUCCAGAGUUUCCACCAGUUCACAGGAACAAAGAAAUGCUGCUUCACGGCAGUCUUCUGAAGAUGGUUCUGCAUCCCGCUUAAUGUCUACAGUCAAGCCUUUGAGGGAACUGUCACCUUCUGAAGCUGUAAUUGACAUUAAACCUGAACCAGAUGAUCUAAUUGAUGAAGACCUAAACUUUGUGCAGGAGAAUCCUUUGUCCCGGAAAAAACCUACUGUAACUGUAACUUACGGUUCUUCUCGUCCUACUGCUGAAAUCUACCGGCCACCAGGCAGCAGGAGUGCAGAUGGCAGUGCGCACGUGCACAGAUUGUCCCAGCAGGGCACCUUGCAGGGGAGCCGGCAGUUAGACACGCAAAGCUGCAGGUCCUUGGAAACGGUCCAGCUGUGCAAUCCAGAAGCAUUUGGCAGCUUAGCAGAGAGCUACAGGCCCACCUCCAAACUUAGUGCUGAUAAAGUAGGCAGUGAGGAAGAAAGCUCCAGGAAGAGAAGGUUGCCUGUUGUAAGCUCAGUAGUCAAAGUGAAAAAAUUCUGUAAUGAUGGUGAGGAGGAGGAGGAGGAAGAAGAAUAUGGGUCACGAACAGGAAGCAUCUCUAGCAGUGUGUCUGUACCUGCAAAGCCAGAAAGAAGACCUUCACUUCCACCAUCCAAACAAGCCAAUAAGAACUUAAUACUGAAAGCAAUCUCUGAAGCACAGGAAUCGGUUACAAAAACAACUAAUUAUUCCACAGUUCCACAGAAACAAACUGUUCCAGUUGCACCAAGAGCUCGAAUUAGCCCAGAAGAAUCUCAGUUAGAAGUAAUCCAUGUGCAGAGCAGGAUCCCCACUCUGAGUUCUCAGCUUCAAGUAGAAGAGCCAAAGGAGCAGACAGCGGAAGGCAUACAAGGAGCUGAACAAAAGGAACUCUCUUCUCGGCUCCAGGUUGAUCCUGUGAUUGAGGAUACCUUGCAAGUAACUCCAGACUACUAUGAUGCAGAAUCUAUGGUCCAUACAGAUACUAGGUCAUUUAUCCUGAAGAAGCCCAAAUUAUCUGAGGAAAUACUGCCACAGAAUCAGCAACUAGGAAAGAGGGCUACCGAGGCGAUACGAGUACUCUCAGGGCGUCUAAUACAGACACGAGACCAGCUUGCACAGCCAGAGAAACCUGCUAGUCCCAAGUUCAUCGUGACGCUGGAUGGUGUGCCCAGUCCACCAGGAUACCUUUCAGAUCAAGAAGAGGAAGAUAUGUGCAUAACUGAAGGAUUAAAGCCAGUUACCCAAAAUAUUUGUGCAGGCAAAGGAUUAAAAGGCCUUCGAGCACAGCAGAUGCAGAUUGUAACCAGGCAGCUAGAGAGCUCUGAUGUGGAAAUGGAACAAUUGAACAUGCUGCAAAAACAGGAGAAGGUGCUUGAGCGCUGCAAGUACUGGCCUGCUUGUAAAAAUGGAGACGAGUGUGUGUACCAUCACCCCACGCUACCUUGCAAAGUUUUUCCUAACUGCAAGUUUGCUGAUAAAUGCUUGUUCAUCCAUCCGAAUUGUAAAUACGAUGCAAAGUGCACCAAGCCAGACUGCCCUUACACUCACGCCAGUCGAAGGAACCCCCUCCCGCCUCCCAAACCAGUACCGCUACCCACACAGUCUCCAUCCUCCAGUAGUCCGCUGUGCAAGUUCUUUCCUGCCUGUAAAAAAAUGGAAUGCCCAUUUUACCACCCAAAACAUUGUAGGUUUAAUACCCAGUGCACAAGGCCAGACUGCACUUUCUACCAUCCAACUAUUACUGUACCUCCACGCCAUGCCUUGAAAUGGACUCGAACCCAAACCAGUGAAUGAUGAGGAUACAACUGGGGACUGAACUUUGCUUCCUUCGGCCGGUAGCAGAAAAGACAAUUAACUGCCAGGGGCACAGGAUGUAAGAAAAAUUCAUGCAUUUUGAACUUUUAAUAUACAUUGUUUUCAUAAAACAAAGUUGAUUGCAUACUUGAAAUGUCUCUAAUUUUCCAAGUUUGUAAGUUUGAGCAGUUUUACAUUUUUUUUACACUGUAAGAUGUCUGUGUAAGAAUAGAUUUACUUUAAAUUCCAUUAAAAACUUUCAAAGCACAGCCUGUGUUCUAUUUGAGUAAUGUUUCUCAUUUAAGAUUAGGUGUGUUGAAAUUGUUAGGAAGUUUAUUCCUGUAUUCAGGUCAUACUAUAAUUUUUUUUUCUUAUUUUUUAAUCAGCUGUUUGGUAUGAUGUAUGAAACUGUCCUGGCAAACAUUGAACUCCUUAGCUGUCUUUUCCUUGUGAAUGAGUAAUGGGGUAUCAUUUCCAUGUAAUGGUCAUCAUACCUCUGCUACUUUCUUAAACAGGGGCAAGCAAGGGCACAAAAAUGUUUCAUAAGUGAGAACAAUGAAACAGUGAUGGUGUGCUCAGUUCAGAAACCCUAGGAAAUUAAAUAACACUUUACUUGAAA